AUGGAGAACGGUCCCGUCAUCAGGUUCUCCUUACUUCUACCCUCCAUACUAUCUACCUACAGUGGCAAGCUUAGACCUUCUAAAUGUCGAGGGAUAGCCGUCGGAGCCCCAUGGUUCGUCAGGAACGUCGACCUCCAUGACGACCUGGACUUAGAGUCCACCAAUAGUGCCGCUAAUGUUCUGGACGAAUCUGGUGAACAGAUUUCGCAAAAAUUUAAACUAAAAUUAGAAAAGUUCAAGGCUGUAAAGUUACAAACUUUAUUAUCAAAAAUAGAAUCUGAUAUAUUUUAUGACCACACAGUGUAUACAGGUUCUGCUGGUAUGGCCUUAUAUUAUUAUACAAGCUCUUUGAAAAUGAAUGACCCCAGUAAAGAAUUGCAGGCUGCUUUAAAAUACAUACAUUUGGAAGAAUUAAAAGGGAAAAGAAUAAGUUUUCUCUGUGGAGACGCAGGUCCAUUAGCUCUUGCAACUGUCAUCUCGUAUCGGCUAGGUAACAAGAGACCUGACAAUUUACCUGAUUACAAAUCCUUAGCACAAAGGUUAAUGAAUUUAAUUUCAUUAUUAAAUGAAGCACCUGAUGAGCUGUUGUAUGGAAAAUCAGGAUACCUAUAUGCACUUUUAUUUGUCAAUAAGCACAUUCCGGGAAAAGAAAUUAUUCCUGCUAAUCACAUUGAAAAGGUUAUCAACAGUAUUUUGAAAUCUGGAAAACAACUGUCGCAGCAAACAAAAUGUUCAAGUCCAUUGUUGUGGCAAUGGCAUGAUAAAAUAUAUUUUGGUGCUGCUCACGGAAUUGCUGGCAUACUAUAUAUGCUAUUACAGGCUCGCUUGUUCGUGAACAUUGUCGAGAUUCGACGAUUCAUAAAACCCACACUGGAUUGGUUGUUGAGUCAACAGUUUCCGAGUGGAAAUUUUCCGUCGUCUUUGAACAGUAGCAACGGAGACAAGUUGGUCCAGUGGUGUCAUGGGGCUCCUGGUUUCGUGCCGUUAUGCAUAUUAGCCUAUCAGGUAUUUGAAGAUGAAAAAUAUUUAAAAAUCGCUUUGCAUUGUGGAGAGGUUAUAUGGCAACGUGGACUCUGUACAAAAGGUUACAGUCUUUGUCAUGGAGUCAGUGGAAAUGCCUACGCUUUCAUUCAACUGUUUCAAGCCACUAAGAAAGCACUUCAUUUGUACCGGGCGUGUUGUUUCAUGGAGUGGUGUGCAUUAGAGCGACCCGGGACCGAACUACAUCGACCUGACAGACCCAUCUCUCUUUUCGAAGGUGUAAUUGGCCGUUUAUAUUUGGUGGAAGAACUUGCUCAUGCUAUGGACGCCAGGUUUCCAGCAUUAUCAAUCUAGUAGAUACUGGAGAUUAACGUAAAAAUGGAGACGAUACUAAGAUACAACCAAGUCUUAAAGAGGCUGUAAACUGUAAAUUGUAGUAGUAAAUAAAUAUCAUCCUUGAAGUUAAAUUUAUGUGUAAUUUGCAGUUUAUUUAAUAAAUAAAUAAAAACAUUUGAGAUAUUGAUAUGUACACACCUUUUAGUAUUUCUUUUUUUUUAUAUUAUAGGACAUUGCAUCAUAAUUUGAUAUAUUUACGGACGCCAACCUGAUUAAAAGAUUGAUUUCAAAUUUAA